AGACCAAGACUACUGACUUCCAACUUCACAAAAUCGCUUGUUUUUAUAUGUUUUGGUCUGUCAGUGUCGCUUUUUAGUAACAGAAAGCAAAACAUCCGAGACAAAUGAAAUCUUGUAUCUCGAAGGCCAAAAUCUUUUACCAUUGUGGUUUUAAUCAUGGCACUAAUAUUUACAAUAAAUAACGCAAAAUUCUGGUCCGGCCAGUCUCAAAGCUAAUUUUUCUACGUACUUUAUAUAAUCGAGCACAUUGUCUGCAAGAAUGGCUGAUCCUUUCCUGUCCUUUCUAUUAAGCGUGGAUUCCUGUAACUCUUAAGGUUUAAUUCAUUGCAUUCCGCUGUUUUUAACCACCCUUCCCCCAUUUUACAGCCCGCUUACGUUUCGAGGAGUAAUGGAGGAUUUCCGAACCCAAAAAGACAUCGAGUGGGGGGUGCAUUUUACAAAUGUUUUUACAACAAUUUAUGACGAUGACUGUUGUGGUCUUUUGUGUCGUUAUUACACUGAACACCUCAGUAAUUGUGUAUAAAAAGGUAGCCAAUCGUAAGAGUCUUCGUUGCCAAGAUUGCUGUAUUGCCUUUUAACAUAGACGAGGGGAUUAGUAUCCGAGUAAACGUCGGCCUUACGACAAGAACAUGUGGGGUAUCAUUUCUGUUUAGCGCCGCGCAAUACUAACAGUUGAAUGAUGUCUUCAAGUGAACGCCGUGCUAAAUUGCUAGAGGAUAGGUCAUUUUGUUGCAACGCAGCCACCAUUUCUUGGUAACAUGCGUUUCUUCCCCCAGUGUUGCCAUUUCAGCCUUCCUCGUCGUCCUGUGCGUGCUCACAGGACAGCACUUAUAUUCCUACGCAGAGGGCUUGUGCUUUUUGGAGGGAGGGGGUGUGUAGGGUAAACGAACAUUUAAACAUGUUCUAGAAUAUCAACGGCCCUUAUAAAUAUCACAGAUACUCGAACAAUGACAAUGUUAGUAUUUAUCUCAAGGAAUUAUUUACUUAAUCCGAAACGCAUCGCCAUCGGGGGUACUAUUUGACGGAGCGCGGAAGGCAGCGACGCAACCGGACCUGCUUGCUCUCCCCUGCCUGAGAGCGGAGUGAAUGGAGGAGCUCCUCUUCCUGGUGAACAAACACUGACAGCUAUAGGGCAGACAGCGAUACCCGCUUCCCAGCACGACCAUACAGCAUAUCCUUCACCCCUAAACAACACAAAUAUGGCUUCUGACAGUAAACACGUCGCGCGGUUGAAAUCUGAGCUCUACUUCCUAAUAGCCCGAUUUUUGGAAGCUGGACCUUGUCAAAAUGCAGCCGAGACGUUGAUAAGGGAGGUACAGGAGAAGGAGCUCUUACCCAAAAGAACAGACUGGACAGGCAAGGAACACCCUGGGAGUUACGAAAAUUUGGUAAAGUUGUACAGCCACAUCACCCCAGAGCACCUGUUGCGUGUGUGUGAGCGGGUCGGGCCUCUGCUUGAGAGGGAGGUGCCAGCCAGUGCGCCUGGGGUACAUUCUCUACUGGGAGCAGGACGACAGUCUCUACUGCGCACCAACAAGAGCUGUAAGCACGUGGUAUGGAAGGGUUCCGCCCUCGCCGCCCUGCACUGUGGCAGGCCCCCAGAGCCGCCCGUCAUCUAUGGGAGCCCGCCCAACAUUGUGGAGACGUCUUUCAGCCGGCGAUUGAACGGCACGUACCGACUCGGCCAGCUGGUGCCCACAGCCGUGUACCAGCACAUGAAGAUGCACAAGAGGAUUCUGGGACACCUGUCUUCUGUCUACUGUGUGGCCUUUGACCGUACCGGCCGACGCAUCUUCACGGGCUCAGACGACUGCCUGGUGAAGAUCUGGGCGACGGAUACCGGACGUCUCCUGGCAACCCUGCGGGGUCACGCGGCUGAGAUCUCGGACAUGGCAGUCAGCUAUGAGAACACACUGCUGGCCGCUGGCUCCUGUGACAAGACCAUCCGCGUGUGGUGUCUGCAGACCUGUGCUCCGCUCGCUGUCCUAGAGGGACACGGAGCCUCCAUCACGUCACUACAGUUCUCUCCUCUGUGCAGUGGUAGUAAGAGAUUCCUCUCCUCCACCGGUGCUGACGGCUCCAUAUGUUUCUGGCAGUGGGACGCUCGCACACUCAAGUUUGGGCACAAACCAAGUAAGUUUACGGAGCGUCCCAGGCCGGGGGUGCAGAUGAUCUGCUCGUCCUUCAGUGCAGGUGGGAUGUUUUUAGCCACGGGCAGCACGGAUCACAUCAUCAGAGUGUAUUACUUUGGAUCCGGACAGCCUGAGAAGAUUGCUGAGCUGGAGUCUCACACUGAUAAAGUGGACAGUAUACAGUUUUCCCAUAGCGGGGACAGGUUUGUGAGUGGAAGCAGGGACGGCACAGCUCGCAUCUGGCAGCUGCAGCAGCAAGAAUGGAGAAGCAUUCUACUAGACAUGGCCACCAAACUACCAGGCAAAUUCAACCCUCCUCCUGUGGAGGACAAAGUCACCAAACUCAAAGUUACCAUGGUAGCCUGGGAUCGCUACGACAACACAGUCAUCACGGCUGCCAACAACCUGACGCUGAAAGUGUGGAACUCCUGCACGGGCAAUCUGAUUCACAUACUGAUGGGCCAUGAGGAUGAGGUGUUUGUGCUGGAGCCACACCCCUUCGAUCCCAGAGUACUCUUCUCCGCCGGGCAUGAUGGGAAUGCCAUUGUCUGGGACCUGGCGAGAGGCAUCAAGAUUCGCUCCUACUUCAACAUGAUUGAGGGCCAGGGCCAUGGGGCAGUGUUCGACUGCAAGUGCUCUCCAGACGGUCAGCACUUUGCCUGCACAGACUCCCACGGACACCUGCUCAUCUUCGGCUUCGGCUCCAGCAGCAGAUAUGACAAGAUAGCGGAUCAGAUGUUCUUCCACACGGACUACCGGCCGCUGAUCCGUGACGCGCACAACUACGUGCUGGAUGAGCAGACGCAGCAGGCGCCCCACCUGAUGCCCCCGCCCUUCCUGGUGGACGUGGACGGCAACCCACACCCCUCCAGGUACCAGCGCCUGGUGCCCGGCCGAGAGAACUGCAGGGGGGAGCAGCUCAUCCCUCAGAUGGGCCUCACCUCAUCAGGACUGAAUCAGGUGGUGAGUCAGCAGGCUGCUGAAGGCUCCACUGCACUAGACAACAUGAUCCAGAGGCUCCAACAAGAGCAGGACCAGAGACUGGGAACGGACAGAAGCAGCAGAGGUUCGGUGAGCUCCCCGACUGAGGUUUCGUCUCCUCCUAACGUGGGCUUGAGGCGUAGCGGUCAGAUCGAGGGGGUGCGACAGAUGCACAGCAACGCCCCCCGCAGCCAGAUGGCCACCGAGAGAGACCUGGUGGCAUGGAGCAGGAGGGUACUCGUACCGGAGCUACUGCCAGGCAUCGCCAGUAAACAGGAGUUCUGGAGGACAGCUAAAGGAGAGGAAGAGAUCAACAUCUACAGAUCAGAGAGAAGGAGACGCAGCUUGCACAGCCAAUUCCACAGAGAGAACAGGCACCAUGCCCCGGAGAGCGAGGAGAGCCGGCGUCACCAGAGCAACCAGCACAACUAUCACACACGCGCCGCUGUGGAGGAGAACAGCAGACAGAGCGAACCCACGGAGGAGGAGGAGCAGCCCAACAUGUCAGAGGGAGAGGCAGAUGUGCGUCCUCUAAAUGGAGAAUCUUCAGACGAGGAGAAGGAGGAGAAGGAGGAGGAGAAGGAGCCCUGGCCAGAUGACCACAGCAGCUCCAGUGAUUACUCCAGUGACUACUCGGACUGGACGGCGGAUGCAGGCAUCAACCUGGAGCCCCCCAAGAAGGCGAGCCGGCCCAAGAAGAAGAAGACGGCCAGCAGCUCCGAGGAGGAUGAGGGGAAGAAGAAAGACAAGGAGAAGAAGGAGAGGAAGAAGGAGAAGGCCGAUAAGGACGGAGCGCUACCAAAGAAGAAGAAGCCAAAAGAGGGCAUGAAGCGAUUGCCUGAGAUGCGGGAGCAAGGUCUGACUCUCGAGGAGUGGCUGCCUUCCCCCUGGAUCACAGACACCGUGCCCCGCAGAUGCCCCUUCACUCCACAGAUGGGAGACGAGGUGUACUAUUUCAGGCAAGGACACGAGGCAUAUGUAGAGAUGGCCAAGUCCAACCGCAUCUUCAGCAUUAACCCCAAAAAACAGCCUUGGCACAAGAUGGAGCUGAGGGAGCAGGAGCUGAUGAAGAUUGUGGGGAUGAAGUAUGAGGUGGGCCUGCCUACUCUGUGCUGCCUGAAGCUGGCCUUCCUGGACCCAGACACGGGCAGGCUGACAGGAGGGUCCUUCUCCAUGAAAUACCACGACAUGCCUGAUGUCAUCGACUUCCUGGUUCUUCGUCAGCAGUUUGAUGAAGCAAGGGAACGACAGUGGCAGAUAGGUGACCGGUUCCGCUCGGUCAUAGAUGAUGCCUGGUGGUUUGGGACCAUUGAGAGUCAGGAGCCGUAUCAGGCCCUGUACCCCGACAGCCUCUUCCAGUGCUACAACGUCUGCUGGGAUAAUGGUGACACAGAGAAGAUGAGCCCCUGGGACAUGGAGAACAUUCCCGAUGAGGCAGUGUUUCCAGAUGAGUUGGGUCAGAGUAUCCCCCUGACUGAGGAGGAGCAGCGCUCCCUACACUACCAGCCCCUGGAGGGGGAGUGGGGCAACAGCGCCCGCCUAGCGGAGUGCGAGAGGAUCAUCAACAGCAUUGACCAGCUCUGCACGCUCGAUGUGGCUACUCCAUUUGCUCUUCCAGUGGACCUGCAGGCUUACCCCACCUACUGCACGUUGGUGGCCUACGUCACCGACCUCAGUACCAUCAGGGGCCGACUGGAGAACCGCUUCUACAGGCGUAUAUCGUCUCUGAUGUGGGAGGUGCGUUAUAUUGAACAUAACGCACGGGCCUUCAACGAGCCCGGCGCAUUUAUUGUCCGGACAGCUAAAUUUGUCUCUGACCUCAUGCUGCAGUUUAUCAAGGACCAAAGUUGCACAGACAUCAUCCCCCUCUACCACAAAAUGAAGAAAGAGACCUUCUCCGAUACCAGCAGUGAUGAAGAUGAGGAUGUGGAUGAGGAUGCCCCUGGCACAUCCACAUGCAUUAAGAAGAAGGCUCAGCGGCCAAUGCUGAGGAGCCUACGGAACAAGCCACAGUCACAUGACCCAGAGGCCUGGAAGGGGCGCUGCAGAGAGCUGCUGGACCUCAUCUUCCAGUGUGAAGACUCCGAGCCAUUCAGACAGCCUGUGGAUCUGCAGGAAUACUCGGAUUACCUGGACAUAGUGGACACCCCCAUGGACUUUGGAACAGUUCUGAACACACUUUUGGCGGACGAGUACGAAUCUCCCAUGGAGCUUUGCAAAGAUGUACGCCUCAUCUUCAGCAACUCCAAAGCCUACACGCCCAGCAAGAAGUCAAGGAUCUAUAGCAUGAGUCUGCGUCUGUCGGCGCUGUUCGAGGAGCACGUCACCUCCAUCCUCACCGUCUUCAAGGCCGCCCAGCGGUUGCAAUCGGACCGCUUGACACGGCAACGUCUGCACAGCGAGCGUCUGACAAGGCAGACAAUGAAGAGGAGGAAGAGGAGCACCUCACCAGCCAGCAGCACAGGCUCCAGCCCAGACAGGAAGAGGCGUGUCUCCUCCCGAGUUCCUCCCCGUGUAAACCACGUAUCUCCGCCCCCUCCUCCGGGCCCCUCCUCCAGGUCUGCCACCUUGCGUCAGAACCUCCCCCAUAUAAAUGGGAAGGCGGAACCUGCCGCCGCUGCCAUGCGCACGCGCAGAUCUGCGCGCUUCGGCGGCAGCACGCACACUCCAACUCACUCACACACCCCCGCACCUGCCAGCGCUCCGCCCUCGCCGCCCCUGGCCGCCACCCACCCGCCGGAGGCAUCGCCUCGGAUGCUGCGAGCGCACAACUCCAACUCCGCCUCCCUUUCCAGCCCUGCCUCUGUAUCCACGGAAACGCCCCAUGACCCCGUCAGCUCUGGCAAUGAGGGGGGAUCCAGGGAGAGGCCCCGACGGAAGCUCCGCACCCCCGUCAGACUCAACCCAGGUCCAGUACACGACAGUCCGUCUCAGACCAGCCCCCACCUAAAUGGCCACAGCAGUCACGUGACUCUGGGGGUGGGCCGGAGACGAGGCCGGCCACGAUUGGACGAGAGGCCUGUUAGACCAGUCGUUGUCCAGGCACCAGAGUCUCCCCCCUUGCCCCGUCCCCCGGGGAAGAAGCGCGGCCGUAAGAGCAAGAAGGAGCUGGAGGAGAUGAGGCGGAACUCUGCCCAGGGGGAGGAGCAAGACCGCUCCACGGGAGACGAGGGCGGAGCUUCCUCCUCUGCCCAGGACACCAGCUUAUCAGACUCGGGGGCGGGGCUUCCGGAGAGGCCCAGGCGGGGGCGGCCCAGGUUAAACAGGACUCCUGCUCAGGCCCCGGCCCCAGCCGCCUCCACCUCCGCCUCCGCCUCCACCUCCACCUCAACCUCCACCUCCGCCUCCACCUCAACCUCCACCCCCCAGCCGUCCAGUCCCAAAGCAGCUCUGAGGCGGAGCAGCCGCCGCUUCACAGAGGAAACCACGCACCCCGAAACCGAUCUCCAUGACGAUGAGGAGGACCCGGAGGAAGGGGAGUCGGAGGCGGGUGCUGGAGCAGACAAGGGGUCGAUGCAGACGCGUAACCAGGGGCGACGGACGGCAUACUACAACGAGGACGACUCGGAGGAGGACCAGAGGCAGCUGCUGUUCGAGGACUCCUCGCUCACCUUCGGCACCUCCAGCAAGGGCCGCGUGCGCAAGCUCACAGAGAAGGCCAAGGCCAACCUCAUCGGCUGGUAACCACAGCGAUGUGUCCGUAACCACGGUGAUGUGAGCGCACAUGGGGUUGACUUGUCUGAGUGCCCCCACUCUUGCUCCCCCAUACACCCUGAGCUGUCCCAUGAUCCACUGGGGCAAUGCCAUUCCUGCUGCUAUGAGACUGUAAAUUGUGUGUGUGACCGUGUGUGUGUGAGAGACUGUGACUGUGUACAGCCUUGCUGAGACACAUGGCCUGUGCAAUGACAUACAAACUUCUGUGGAGACCAGUAGCACCAUCCUACGCACACGCACACACACACACACACAUUUAUACAUUCUCACACACAAACAUGCACAUACAGAUGUGCAGUCAUACA